UAGGAAGGUAGCAUUAUUAUAGGUUAUAUUUAAACACAAGAAUACAAGGACACCGUGCUGUACCCCCCCCCCCCCCCCAAGCUAGCUCUCAAAACGCUAACCGGCUGUAAGGCUUUUCUCAAACGACGCCGCAUUCACUGAGCCUGCAAGUGAAUUCUGCCAAAAUGAGCGCAGCUUCCUCCCAAAAAGUUGUCCUGAAAAGUACCACCAAAGUGUCCCUAAAUGAGCGCUUCACUAACAUGCUGAAGAACAAGCAGCCCACUGCGGUAAGCAUUCGAGCCACCAUGCAACAGCAGCAUUUGGCCAGUGCCCGCAAUCGGCGGCUGGCCCAGCAGAUGGAGAACCGGCCCUCAGUGCAAGCUGCUCUGAAUCACAAGCAGAGCCUAAAGCAGCGCCUGGGGAAGAGCAACAUCCAGGCCAGGCUGGGCCGGCCUGUCGGGACUCUGAUGCGUGGAGGAGCUGCUGGAGGGAGAGGAGGGAUGCGAGGGAUGAGCAGGGGCAGCCUUCGAGGACGAGCCAGAGGAGGAGUAAUGAGGGGUGCGCUGUCCCUGAGAGGGAAGAGGGUGUCUUCUACAGGUGGCCCCAUGCGAGGUCGUGGCUCUGCUGGCCGGCUGGCAAUGCGUAGAGGAGGCCGCCACCGUGGAGGAGCUGCUGGCAGAGGAGGGGCUCUGUCCCGCGGAGCUGCACGAGGAGGAGUAGCCAGAGGUCGUGGUGGACUGCGUGGGCGUGGUGGUUUUGCUGGUCGAGGCGGGCGCGGACGGGGUCGAGGUGUAGGCCGACAAGCUGUGACCCGUGAACAACUGGACAACCAGCUGGAUGCCUACAUGUCAAAGACCAAAGGUCACCUGGAUGCUGAGCUGGACGCCUACAUGGCCCAGGCAGACCCCGACAGUAUGGAGUGACUCUGAAGCAGACACAGUCUUUGCAGAACUGUACAGCUGAACUCACACAUUGUGUAGUUUUCCACCACAUGGAUGGGCUGAGAAAUGAUUGUGUUUGUAAUUUAGAUGAGUGGUGACAGUCCAGGACUCCUAGCUUUGGAACAGCAAGAAAUCAAGGUUUCACUUGACUGUGCUUUGACCACUACUCAAUUCUGCAUCAAUCUGCUCCUGCAAACUUCUUAUAAAUGUGGAAUAACUGUGUGAAGGGACCUUUUUAAACAUUAACAAACCCUGCUGUCUAUAGAAGUCUGUUUUUUUGUUUUUUUAUUCUUACUGUUUUUUUUUAACAUGACCUGAAAAACACUUUGGACAUUUGGGACGGAUAUCUGUACUGGUCAAUGACCCAGGUGAUGUGUUCUGUUGAAACCCAUUUUGAAUGACACCGGUUUAUUUUUUACUACUUAUUUUAAAUGUGAUUUUAGCGUUGCCGUGCUCAGACCUUGGGGGAUUCAUUCAUUGGUUUAUCUUGGAAACAUUUGCAAUGCAACACUUUUCUAAAUUAUUUGUUAAAAGAAUGUAAGCAAAGAGUUUUUAAGCAUCCAGUGUCAUUGUUUUGUAUUUAAAAGAUGUAGUACUCUGAAGUGUUUUGUUCCUCUGUAUCUUCCACCUGUCGGCAUUCUUCAGUGGACUGCUAGCAUUCUUAACUUGUAUUUGAGAGCAUUUGUAUGACAUUAUCCAAAGCAAGUAAAUUAGGUUUGAAUUAAAAUGGAAAUGGUUUCCCUAAUUGUG